GUUUGUUCCGUCUUUAAUUCACCCUUCAGCAUUCCAGUUGUCCACCCAACGCCCAACAGAUAAACCCGUGAAAGAAAAAACAAAGAAUCCAUAUUCAUAUUCAUAUUUCCUCCUCUUUCUUUCUCUCUGUGUCCUCUUGGCGGUUGUUAAAAAUAUUGAAUUUUGAAAUCAAUAACCAAUCUGGCAAUUCAGUCACACAAAAAAUGGCGUAUGAUAAAUCAAGAUCUGUAAGGUUUUGCGACGAAGUCAAAACAGCAACAGCAUCAGCAGCAGACAACAAAGAGAACAUAACCAACUUAGUAGUAUUAAAGCAGAAGUACACCAUUGAUGGUACUAAGAUACCACGAGUAGCUGAUAAUGAACAACAAGCUAUACCAAGAAAUGGUAGAACAUCGUUGUCAUCUUCGUUGCCAUCAUCGUCUUCAUCACAAACGGUGCCAUCUUUAAAGACAAAAGUGCUGUCAAGAGUGUUCUCUGAAGAUUACGAAAGGGUAAAGAGAAAAAUCCAUGAUCCGAGAGGGAAAACGAUCAACAGAUGGAACAAAGUGUUUCUAAUUGCGUGUUUAGUAUCAUUGUUCGUAGACCCUCUGUUUUUCUUCCUGCCUGCAGUAAACGGGAAGAUCAUGUGUAUAGAGAUAGAGAUGAACUUGGAGAUUGUAUUGACUGUAAUUAGAACUAUGGCUGAUGUUUUUUAUGUAGUUCAGAUUUAUUUUAGAUUUCGGACUGCGUAUAUUGCACCGUCGUCUCGUGUUUUUGGUAGGGGUGAACUUGUUGUUAAUCCUAAGAAGAUUGCUGUUGGAUACAUCAAGACUUGGUUCAUCAUUGAGCUCGUUUCUGCUCUGCCUCUUCCCCAGGUGUUGAUAUGGGGAGUAAUUCCAAACUUAAGUGGAUCGAUGAUGAUGAACACGAAAAAUGUGCUGCGAUUUAUCCUGAUUUUUCAGUACUUACCGCGGUUGUUCCUGAUAUUUCCACUGUCAUCCCAAAUCGUUAAGACUACUGGUGUGGUUACUGAGACUGCUUGGGCUGGUGCUGCUUACAACCUCAUGCUCUUCUUAAUGGCAAGUCAUGUUUUAGGAGCUUGUUGGUAUCUGUUGUCAAUAGAGAGAGAAGAGGCAUGUUGGAAGUACACUUGCAGCCUCGAGAACCAGAUAUGUCUGUACAAAUUCUUUGACUGCAGGAGAGUUAAGGAUGCAGGAAGAGAGAGCUGGUUUAAAUUGAGCAAUAUCACAAAAAUCUGUGAUCCUGAUAAAAACAGUUACACUUUUGGAAUUUAUGGUGAGGCUGUGACUUCUGGUGUGACCUCCUCACCCUUCCUCAACAAAUACUUCUACUGCCUUUGGUGGGGUCUGAAAAACUUGAGUUCUCUUGGGCAAAAUCUUUCAACAAGCACUUCUGUUGGGGAAAUAGUGUUUGCGAUCAUAGCUGCAACCCUCGGAUUGGUUCUAUUUGCACUCCUUAUUGGCAACAUGCAGACAUAUCUGCAAUCAACAACAGUGAGAUUGGAAGAGUGGAGAAUUAGAAGAACUGAUACAGAGCAAUGGAUGCAUCACAGGCAGCUGCCUCAAGAGCUGAAACAGUCAGUGAGACGAUAUGAUCAAUAUAAAUGGGUGGCUACAAGAGGAGUUGAUGAGGAAGCUCUUCUUCAAGGCCUUCCCAUGGAUUUACGUAGGGAUAUCAAACGCCAUCUUUGCCUUGAUUUAGUCCGCAGGGUGCCGUUGUUUGAUCAAAUGGAAGAGAGGAUGCUAGACGCGAUAUGUGAAAGGCUGAAACCUGCAUUAUGUACAGAGAACACGUUCCUUGUAAGGGAGGGAGACCCAGUGAAUGAGAUGCUGUUCAUAAUCCGAGGCCAUUUGGAUUCCUACACAACAAACGGGGGUCGAACAGGGUUCUUCAACUCAUGCAAGAUUGGACCAGGUGACUUCUGUGGUGAGGAGCUUCUAACAUGGGCUCUAGACCCUAGACCUAGUGUGAUCCUUCCAUCAUCAACUCGAACAGUCAAGGCUAUAUCGGAGGUAGAAGCCUUCGCUCUCAAAGCAGAAGACUUAAAGUUUGUCGCUGCACAAUUCAGAAAGUUGCACAGCAAGCAAUUGAGGCACAAAUUUAGAUUCUAUUCCCAUCACUGGAGACUAUGGGCUGCCUGUUUCAUACAGGCAGCAUGGCGGAGACAGAAGAAGCGCAGACAUAAUGCAACUGAGUGUAAAGCUCAGGAGGAUUUGUUAACAUAUGAACAUGAUCAACAACAGAUGAGAAUGGGAGAUUAUGAUGUGAAUGGGUCACCUGUAGUUGAGUCAGGGUAUACUUUGUAUGGUAAGAGAUUAGCAGCAAGUAAAAGGAAGGCUGGUAACAAGCACUCCAGUAUGGAUUCAAGUAUCGGUUCGUUGCAGAAGCCUGCUGAACCUGAUUUCUCAGUUGAGGAGGACUAAACAUAUACCAAGUAGUAUUUAGCUGUUUGUACAUUUUUCAUUGUUUCUCUUUGGUUCUUCCUUAA